AUGGCCACGAUGAACGAUCGUGACUGGAAGCUCGGUCUAAUUAGAGCAGAUCGAAACACAUACCUGAUUCCGUAUAGCGUUGUCGAUUUUCGAGACUCCUGGGUCCGCGACAGGGUUCGACCGCCUUCUCCGUCGUAUUCUACAGACUCUACACGCUUUGGUGACGAGGAAUCACCCUUGAGGCGAUAUGAUUCUGAUGAUACGCUCAAGAGCCGAGUGGGGGGUGAGCAAUCGGAGCAGGUGCUCGGCAGUACUGAAAUCUACGAUAGGCAUGGAAAUCUCAGGUUGAUUCCUACGCCGACUCCAGAUCCAAAAGAUCCAUUAAAUCUACCAGAGUGGCGCAAAUGGCUUGCAAUCGGCUCUUUGUGUUUCUUCGGGUCCGUAUCCCUAGCGGUCGAGAUAGCCGUUGGCGGCUUGUUGCCGGUCUUUCUUCUCGAAUAUUCCGGCGUUGAUCCUCGCUCUACCCUCAAGAAUAUCGAUCUCAGGAACAAUCCGGAUCCUCUCGCCGUCGUCCCUGAUGGUAUCACACCCGUCCCACUUGCCCAAGUGUCUCUCCUGGCAACCAUCCCUAUGCUCAGCAACGGCAUUGCUACUUAUCUCCUCGUACCGUUAUCAACAGCAAUUGGGAGACGCCCGGUGCUGAUCCUGACGUCAACUCUCUCUUGGACGUCUGGUUUCUGGGCUGGGCACAGCACAUCUCUCAACAGCCACAUCGCUGCGCGGGCCAUUCACGGAUUGGGAUCCGGGGCAGUCGAGGCGUUGCUUCCGUUGAUUGCACAAGAUAUGGUUUUUAUCCAUCAGCGGAAUAAAGCGGUAGCUACCAUCAUUGCCAGCCAGGGGCCAAUGAUCGCAUUGUUGGGCAUCCUAGGCCCAUACGUUUCGGUGAAUCACGACUGGCGAUGGAUAUACUGGGGCACCUCAUCCGUCGGCAUCGUAGCCUGGAUAUUGUUGAUACUUUUUGUUCCUGAGACUAGAAAACAGCGGUCGAUGGAGGAACUCAGUGAGACCCCAAAUACCUUCCCUUCCACUUUUGCGUUGUCUCUGAAGACUGAGGAGGGUAAACUAUUAGACGGACAACAGCUAUGGCCAGUCCAGCCUGGUGAGAGUCGCACAGCACUUGACCACGCUACCUAUGGGCACCGAAGACUGUGGGACGAUGUUGGCUUCUUCCAAUAUGGCUACCUCUGGAAGGAAAGUGGCAUUCAAAUCAUCGCCACCCUUAAAUCGCUGUUCUUCCCUGGUAUCAUUUGGUGCAUACUCCUACAAACGGCGUUCGGCAUCGUCAUGGGCGUCACCAUCCAGGCUGUCUCCUUUGCUCUGCUCGCUUCUGGAGUGCCUUUCGAGCUUACAGGCCUGAGCCAAAUUCCCCAAAUGCUGUCGACGGUCGUCAUCUUCUUUGUUGGCGGACCAGUGGCGGAUAAAGUCGCUCUAUGGAUAUCAAGACGCUUCGGUCGACGCGAGCCCGAGUACCAGCUUCCGAACCUGGUCGUCCCAAUCAUUUUCGCCAUCAUCGGCACUCUCAUCUUCGGUUAUGCCAAUCAAUUCGGGCUGCACUAUGCCCUGCUCCUCCUUGGUACUUUCUUCACUUUGACAGCUACCUUGACCUGUGCUCCCAUUAUCAACAAUUACGCUGUUGAGAGUUAUCCGCAAUGGGCCGGGGCCGUUGAGGUUUAUGACUUACCUGGCCGUGAUGCUUCUGAUUGUGCUAUGCGGGAUUCCACCGCUGUUCCUCUAUGGAAAGAAAAUCCGUGGCUGGACCUCUGGCAGGGUCGGCAGAAAGCGGACAGCGGGUCUUUGGAGGCACAGAUCCCUGAAUCUCCCGCCAUGCCAGGAUCCCCAGAGUUCAGCUCUCUCCCCACCGAAGUCCUGAGGGCCAUUUGCGUCCAGCUGCAGGGCGACCACGGUCUUGGCAAUGGAGAUCUGGCACGCCUAUCCUUGACGUGUCAAAGGUUGGGCGAUAUCGCGCAGUCCAUACUCUACCAGCACUUCCAUGAAAGACAUGAUGAGCCUGGUAUCAAUAUUGAUGGGGAUGAUGGCGAUGAAGACGACGACGGCCGGCUCGUCCCGUUUCUGCGAACAGUCAUUCUCCGUCCUGAUCUAGCUCGGUAUGUGACGGAGCUAUGCAUCGACUUCCAUGGACGUCCUUGCAUGACGGAAGAAGAUUUCGACCUUUUCAAGGAGACUGCAAGCAAACAUCAGUUCGAGCUCCCAAGAGAGUUUAUCAUAUUCACCGAUCCUCGAAUAAAAAAGCACGGUCCUCUAGACUUAGAGAUCGAUCCAACCACCGCCAGCGGCAUUGAAGUUGUCCUGCAACUGCUCUUGUUGCACUUGCCAAACCUUCAAUCAGCCGAGAUAUACAUUCCGAAUUCGCUAACGACUUUCCCCCACUUGGACAUUGUGGCUCGCCAGCGGGAAGGUGAACACUCCGGUUUGGCUUCAUUUCGUCGUCUGGGGAUCACAAACUACGGUAGUGGCGUUCGGCUUGGUUCUAUGAGGAACUUACUCGCAUUCUGUCCCAAUCUGGAGAUCUUGCAGGUUUCUCGCUGCAGGAAUGUGGUGCCGGACCUGCCGUUAAGUAAUCUGGUUAAGCUAGAAAUCGAUCCCGGCGAUCUCUCUUUCAAUCAUCUAUCGGAACUGCUGGGCUCCUGCCCUAAGCUCGAAGCCUUCAAAUACCGAUCCGAAUGGAACCCCAGAGUCAGGUUUUGGGGCCUAGACUUACCGUUCAACCCCAGAGAAGCUCUUGAAGCUCUCCGACCAUUUCAGGCACAACUGAAGAUUCUCGAACUCGAUCUCAGCGAGCGCGAUAGAUUUUCCGAUCGCGAGGAGGAAAAGGAGUUUAUCACAUCACUACGAGAGUUCUCUGCACUCGAAAGGAUUAAACUCCAUUGUUCCGCCAUUUUCUCCGGUGGCGAGAGGGCUCAGCCCGGUUCUAGAAACGGCCGAUUCGCCGAAUUACUUCCCGGUAGCGUUAAGCAUUUGAUCCUGGUACAGCCGUAUCCUUCGAUGUACCGUGAUCUUUUGAAGCUGGGGAAGUGCGCGGCGAGUCGUUUCCCAUCUUUGGGUACUGUCGAGGUCCAAUGGACGCCGAAGAACAUGCCCUCCGGUUUUACCGUGUCCCAGGUUGCUGAUAUUCGCUGGAUGUUCAAAAGCCACGGAGUCGAUCUUCUGUUAGACGAUCCUACGCCUGGAAGCAUCUCUUCUAUGCCUCGUUUUAGUAUUCGACCCUAG